AUGUUAACCCCCAAAUUCAGUCUCCGCCAGGAUGACGAGUUCGUGUACGUCGAUAUCGAGCUCAAACACAUCCGGUUGCUGCUGACGAAUGUUGAGAUGGUGGUGGAGGGCCCGCUUUUCGUGUUCUCGAUGCCCCCCUACUAUUUGCGCCUCCGGUUCCCUCACGAAGUGGUGGACGACGACGAGCGCAGUGAGGCUAAAAUUGGCAGUGAGGGCAACGUCGUCCACGUGAAGCUUCCCAAAGCGGUUAAGGGCCAGUUCUUCCCCGACUUGGACCUCCAGGCUAAGCUCUUAGCGCGUACAGUGACCACUACCGAAAACGACCAAAGCAACCCCAAGAAGCCCUUGAUCGAAGAACUUGACGUUGAUAACACUGAUGUCAAACAAAUUGAGGCUGACGGUAAUGCUCAUGACUGGGAAGUGGACCAGAAAGUGGCUGAGGACACCCCCUUGCCGCUCGCUCCCGAUUGCAAGUACGGGUUCAAUAACCUCUACCACGAGAUGGUGGGUGUGUCGGUGGUCAAUGGCAAUGAUAUCAAUGAAUUGGGUGAUCCUGAAGGUACUCCAGCGCCUGACCGUAUCCUCGAACGGCUUAUCAAGGAGAACGUUAAGUUUGACCUUGAGAUCUACGCCGGUGACUAUAUCGCCCAGAAACACUAUAGCCCAGCUGACGACGAUAAAGUGUACGCCGAUAUCCUCAAAUGGGAAGCUCCCUCAACAAAAGAGCUCCGCGAAUGGCGCCUGCAGUUUGGUCCGGGACCAGUGGCGGUAGAGUUCACUGAAAAGGAGCAGGAACUAAUGAUGAAGCUUCCCAGAAAGACGUACCUUGUCGAUAACGUCACUCCGAUAUGGGGGUUUGUGUGUCUGUUUUUGUUUGGCUACUUUUACGAGCUUAGAGGCCAGCAAGGGGACUUACUGGUGGAGUCGGCGUGGACGGUGGGUAAAUUGACCCCACAGAUAGCUGAUUUGGACUCACAGCUCGUUGUCGACAAUAAUGCUGAUUUUUUUGAAGCAGUGGUGAUUACUGGGAUCCGGCGAGCCUUAAGUUACCCAUACCAUCGCAAUUAUGAUAUGGCGAUGCGAGCGUGGCAAGACGUCAACGCGACCCUUUCUGGAGGUAAGCGGCUUUUGAUUCGCGUGCUUCUAGCGGCAAAGGAGUUGUUCCGCUUCCACGACGUCUACUACAUCUACGACAAGAUCUGGAUGGACGACGUGUGUACGUGGUUGAUCAGUGACCAAGUGAAGGACGUGACGUUGGACGCGUUAGCAGUGGAAAUCAAGGCCCGCUACGAAAAAGUGACGCGGGAUAAGGUGGUGUUUGAGAAAGCUGACGAGGAUGGCGAGUUUGUGGCGUGGCUGGUCCGCGAAGUCGACGAAAUGGCCGAGGAACUCUACCAGCAGCAUCAGCAGCAGUAG